AUGUCUCUUUUCAAGCGCAACUCUGGUGAGCCUGCCAAGCCAAACACUGUCUCCAUCACGGCAGAGGAGUACCGCAAGCUACUUCGGGACUCUGCAGAGCUGAACAGACUGCGCGCCACUCUCAAGCCUGCUCCUCUUGCUACCAAGGGUAUGCUAAUCAAUCCUGUGAGACCUCCAUCCGACUAUGUGGUCCAAUUUAACAUCCAAUCCACAGGAAACUUCGCCAGCACUGGUCACCCCGGCCUGGACGGUGGUGAACCAUUUGACCUAGAUUGCCUUGCAUCCGCUCUGGAUGAGUCUAGCGCCGUGCAUACCACGGAAUCGGAGGACGAGGUUGAGUCUCGCCAGAAGCCUAGUCACAGCGUCAUCCUGCUGCCCCCAGUCCCAGUGACCCACGCCCAGGUCGCUGCCGCUGUACGAGGCGGGGCUUUGAUCCAGAUUUACCUUCAACGCCGUAGCAACCAGGUCAAUAUCACCUUUGCCAACCACGAGCAUGCCGUCGCUUUCGUGACCCACACCGACUCUACUCCCUUCUUUGUCGCCGGUCGUGAGACCACUGUCAAAUGGGCCCCACGCGGCUACAUCGCCCCCGAGUACGUCUACCAGCAAGUUCGAGACGGCGGCGUUAGCCGAAACCUGGUAAUCAAGAAAGUCAAUGCACAGGUCACCGAAGCGACUCUCCGCCAGGAACUAGAUCACAUCCACAACCUGACCAUCAUCUCCAUCCAAUUCGAGGAUGGUAACGCCUACAUCUCGACAAGCUCAGCGGGUGGUGCGCUGUACGCCCGUACUUGCUUGAAGUCCCGUGCCUUGUACAAGGACAUGCGGAUUGACUUUUAUGAGGACGAGUGCGCCGAGUCUUUCCCGAAGAUACGUCGUCCUGCUGCUGUGGCUUUUCCCAGGGCGUCGAAGAAGUAUCAGAGCCCGGUCUACAACCCUUUCGAGUUGCUCUCCCAGGACGAGUUCGAGAUGGACCAGGAUGACGACGAGGAAGAUAACGACGAUGACAACGAGAUUUAG